AGUCUCUCUCUCUCUCUCUCCCAUCCUUUGAAAUUCCUUAAACCACUAAACCCAUAAUUUACCAAAAUAAAACCUUAAAACACAUUACAUGAUGAUGUCAUCGCUACCCGGUAUUUAUAACACCGCACCCACAUGCCCGUAACUUUCGAAACACACAAAGCCAGAUUCAAUUCUUUUUUCCUUGGGUUCGUGGGUUCGGGGUUUCUUAGAGAAGCGAUUAUGUGUUUAAUGGGUUCGUUGGGAGAUGUGUCAGUGGUUUCAAGAGCAACAACAACAAGAGGAAACUGCAAUAAAUGUUGUUCUCUGGAUCUCACAAGACGAAAACAACGGCACCCCAGAUGUGUUCGAACUUUAACGCAAGAUUCAGACAAUACAAGAAGACUACGGGGAGAUUCCGUACACAUGGCCUCUAGUUUGAUCAUCAGCUCCAUUCUGUUCCUCUGUCUCGUCUCUGUCUCCUCCGCCGCUAAUCAGACUCUCCGGCCGCAAGAUGAGCUUAGGAAGCUCAAACUCAUAAGAAAACACCUUCUGAAGAUCAAUAAGCCCGCCGUCAAGACCAUUCAGAGCCCAGAUGGUGAUGUAAUAGACUGCGUGUUGUCUCACCAGCAACCUGCGUUCGAUCAUCCCCAAUUACGAGGACAGAGACCAAUGGAACCACCGGAGAUGCCGAAAGGGUAUAUCAAAGAAGAAGAGAUGUCUGAGAAUUUCCAGAGGUGGAGUGUAUCUGGAGAAUCGUGCCCUGAAGGAACGGUUCCGAUCAGAAGAACGGAGGAGGAGGACAUGUUACGAUCAUCUUCCCUCCGUAGAUUUGGUCGGAAAAUCAGACGCGUCCGAAGAGAUUCCACUAGCAACGGCCAUGAACAUGCGGUGGGGUACGUAUCAGGAGCAGAAUACUACGGAGCGAAAGCAAGUGUGAACGUGUGGUCACCACGUGUCGUGAGCCAGUACGAGUUCAGCUUGUCUCAGAUGUGGGUCAUCGCCGGCUCUUUCAAUAACGAUCUCAACACCAUCGAAGCUGGCUGGCAGGUUAGUCCGGAGCUAUAUGGGGACACAUAUCCCAGAUUCUUCACCUAUUGGACGUCGGACGCAUACCAGACGACGGGAUGCUACAAUUUGCUGUGUUCGGGUUUUGUCCAAACGAACAGCCGCAUUGCGAUAGGAGCCGCAAUUUCCCCGGUCUCGUCCUAUAAAGGUGGACAGUUCGAUAUCAGCUUAUUGAUUUGGAAGGAUCCGAAGCAUGGGAACUGGUGGCUGCAAUUCGGGAAGGGGACACUGGUAGGGUAUUGGCCGGCAUUCUUGUUCACGCAUCUGAGGAGCCACGCCACUAUGCUCCAAUUCGGCGGGGAGGUCGUCAACUCUCGUCCCAGUGGAUCCCACACUUCCACACAAAUGGGAAGUGGCCACUUAGCCGGAGAAGGGUUCGCUCGCUCCUCUUAUUUCCGCAAUCUUGAAAUGGUGGAUUGGGACAACUCUCUCCUCCCUUUCUCCAACCUCCAUGUCGUGGCUGACCAUCCCAAUUGUUACGACAUCAGAGGUGGUGUCAAUCGUGUCUGGGGUAACUAUUUUUACUACGGUGGUCCUGGCAAGAACCCUAGAUGCCCUUGAUGAGGAUACACACCCAACCUUUUGGAGCGCGUGAGCCAUUGUUUGUUUGUGUAGAGAAUGAAUUCGCCAAACAAAAAAACGGUAACAAAUAUAGAUCAGACCGACGAGAGAAGGGCUUUCUACUUUUGGGAUGGUAAGGAAAAUUUUGUGUUGUAAGCUACCACCACACUCACCAUUAUAUAAAUGUAGAGUAUCGAAUUUUACAUGUAAUUUCCAAUUUAUUUUCUCA